UUGGCGCACCGAGACACGUGCGACCUCGGCAUAGGCCAAAUGAUGCUUUCUUAUGGUCGUGAAACGCAUCACGAUCUUCUAGGGAUCCACGUUUGAUUUGACUUCCUCAUUCUCUGAUCGACGAUUUUCUUUGUUUUCCAAGCGGAUUCGAGUUCGAUUUAUGCUUGCAACACGAUUCUAAUGUCGAGAUUCAUGAUCUCCGAUCUCGAUAUGGGCAUGGGCUGCUGCGGCUGCCUUGGAUUCUUUAAAAAGCCUGAAAGAGAUGUGGAUUUCGAGAAAUUUCGCAUACUCGAUCGGGAUCGAUUUCGAAAGGUUGCGACCUUGAUGCCGGGAAAGGAUCGAGCGAUCUGCAGGGGAAUGCCUGUGAAGGAAACGAAGCUUUUGACCCUGAGCCAGGAUGAUUUUGGCCAAAAAAUGAUAAAUGAAUUUGCCCGCAUACGUACAAUAGGUCGUGGAAGCUAUGGAAAAGUGAUUUUGUAUCAGAAUACUAUUGAUGGCAAACAGUAUGCAUUUAAGGUAUUUUACAAGUCUCGUCUAUCUAGGGUGCAAGUUACAUCCACUGAAACAGCGAUGACAGAUGUUCUUAGGGAGGUGCUAAUAAUGAAGACAAUAGAGCAUCCAAAUAUAAUCAAUCUCAUUGAGGUGAUUGAUGAUCCUGAUUCAGUUAGUUUAUACUUAGUAUUAGAAUAUGUCGAGGGUCAGCAAGUCUGUGCUUCUUCUGGUACAUUCGGAGGAAUAGGAGAAGUUACCGCUAGGCGAUACUUGAGAGACAUAGUUUCUGGGUUAAUGUAUCUUCAUGAACAUGAUAUUGUUCAUGGAGAUAUAAAGCCUGACAAUCUGUUGGUAACAAGAGAAGGAUCAGUAAAAAUUGGUGAUUUCAGCGUCAGCCAUAUUUUUGAGGAUGGUAAUGAUGAGCUUUGCAGGUCACCUGGAACCCCUGUUUUUACUGCACCUGAAUGCUGUUUAGGUUCAAGUUUCCAUGGUAAAGUUGCCGACAUCUGGGCUGUCGGUGUUACACUACACUGUAUGAUACUAGGUUAUUGCCCUUUUAUUGGAGACACUUUACAAGACACUUACGACAAGAUAGUUCAUAGUCCUCUGAAUCUACCCUCUGAAAUUGAUCCUGAUCUUCAGAAUUUACUAGGAGGACUUCUAUGUAAAGAUCCUUCGCAGAGGAUGACACUAGAUGAGGUAGCUAACCAUUCCUGGGUCAUCAGGGACUGCGAACCGCUCUCUCGAACACCAUGCAGAUGCAAAAGUGUUAGCUUAGACAAGGAAAUUAAGGCAAGAUGAUACUUCAGCAAAUUUCGGAAUGCCUUGUGUGUUGAAAAGUAUCCAUCCAAUCCAAGUACUUCCAUUGUGCUCAUUAAAAUGUCAUCUGCUAGUGACUGUUUGUUAAUUGACAUGAUGUGGUCUACGUGAGUUUAUCAUCUAGGUUUAGAAUUUGGAUUGAUGCAAGGUUUUCAUCGUGGAGAUCUUGUGUCUAUGUAAUCAUCCAAAAGAUCAUGUUGUGAGGUGCUAAGUCUGACUUAGAAAUCAAGUCAGACUUAGCAGGUCAGGUCGAGCACAACUCACAUUUAGGUAGAAUUGGACCAAGUAUGACAUGAACCUGAAUUGGACACAACCCAAGUUUGGACCGCGCCCGGCGCUAGAUAGAGGACAGUAUGGAUCUGGGUUGGGCAUGCCCCGCAUGCUAGCACAUGUGUGCCUACGCUUAGAAAUGCUUGAAAUAAUUAAAAUAUACUUUUUUUUUUUUUUUGAAAAACAGGCAAGUCUAUUGUAGUCAAAUUAUGCUUAAAAUUAUAAAAUUGACCUUAAAAAUUAUGUUUUGCAGUCGAGUAAAACAUCACAGGCUAUAUGUGAAAGUUUGUUUGACACAAUUUGUGACGAAUCAUAUCGUGCUCAACUUAACAUAAAUAAAAUUAGCUGAUAAAGCCCGUAUUGUGUUAGGUUCAGACCUAUUGAUAAUGCAUCAUCUUCAAGAUUUAAAUUAGAUAUUAAUCUCUAUAUUAAUAAUCUUUAUAAUUUAUCAACUCAAAGAAAAUUAGUAUAUUUCGACAAUUAUUUA